AGUUUGUCUUCUGCGUCGAAUUUUCAUCGCUUGUCCGCCAUCUUGGCACGAGCAAAACUUACCAGCAGAUUGUUUGAAGAAAUUUUGUGAUUAUUUCCUCUUUGGAGAGUGCUUCGACAAGAAACGACAAUAUGGCUAUGUGUUAGUUAAGAUGCAGUGUUAAUAAGUGUGGGGUAGGACCCUCUUAGCCCUACGUUGGGCUAGAUUUCCAGCAAAUUGCUUGAUCGGCUCAGCAGAUUCCCGGGCUCUUCAAGAUGAGCACGACGAAGUUAUCGUUUCGAGCCCGGGCUUUGGAUGCCGCCAAGCCCAUGGCCGUCUUCAUGGCCCAUGAACUGCCAGAUUUACCGGAUUUCACGAUUAUCAAUCGCGCAGUCCCUCAAAUGCCAACUGGCAUGGAAAAGGAGGAAGAAACGGAACACCAUCUGCAGCGAGCUAUUGUCACUGGCUUGAUUAUUCCUACUCCAGAAGUGUUCCAGGUUGAUGAAGCUGGUUGCUACAGUAGAUGUUACCCAGGAGAAUGGAAAGUGCCAAGAAACCUUAUUCACAUGCAACCAUUUACAAUGGAACAAGACAUUCCAGACUACGACAUGGAUUCAGAUGAUGAAAGAUGGAUUACUUCUCAAGCAGGAAAAUUAGACAUUACUCCAUUACAGUUCGAAGAAAUGAUGGACAGGUUGGAAAAAAAUUCAGGCCAAACUGUAGUUACCCUCAACGAGGCAAAAUCAUUGUUGAAACAAGACAAUGAUUAUAUAAUUGCAGUAUAUGAUUAUUGGCUAAACAAACGUCUCAAAAUGCUCAAUCCGUUAAUUCCACAAGUGAAGACGGAAAAAUUCGGAGGGACUGGUUCCAGUGGCAAUCCGUACAUCGCUUUCAGGCGUCGAACCGAAAAGAUGCAAACACGCAAGCAUCGGAAGAAUGACGAGGCUUCAUACGAAAAAAUGUUGAAACUGAGGAGAGACCUUAGUCGAGCGUUGUCACUUUUAGACAUGAUAAAGAAACGUGAAAAGUUUAAGCGAGAAGUUGUUCACUUUGGUAUUGAAGUUUACGAGAAACGUUAUCAACUCUCCGACUAUUCGGGACAUGUCAUCAAUGAAUUAACUGCUCAAGUUAAACAACAACCUCGUCCCAAUUCGGCACCGUUGUCCACUAUUCAGAGCUCCAACGUAUGGCCUAAUGCAAUCCCCCCUUUGACUGGAAACCUUCCUUCUCUACAAAGAAAUCGAGGCCGAUCUUUCAAAGACGAGUUGCUUAUCCGUAAAGAACGCCGGAAUUACCGGAAAAGGCGGCAUAAGAAUUCCACAACCCGAGGAGGAUUGGCAACAGCCGGAGUUCCUACACCGACUGCGUCAACAGUAUCGGCAUCAGUCGCAUCAUCAGUGCGUGGUAUGAGUUGUUUUAGCGAUGGACCUUCUGCGAGCUCUGAGGAUGAGGCAGAAACUGCCGCUGUUGCAUCCCAAAGCGAAGCUGAUGAAGCUGAAUCCGACAUCGAAAAACAAGGCCCCUUUACAUUUCGGCGUAAACUUCACUGCAACUACCUUGCUCCGACCCAGGUGUCAAGUCCAUAUCCCUACCAUGGUCCCGAAGAUGGUGGGCUAACUGAUCAGAGGUUCCGAUUCUGUCUGACAUCUUUAGCGACGCCCCGGCGUCGUUGUAUUGGGUUGGCCCGCAGACGUGUCGGGCGGGGAGGAAGGGUUGUCCUGGAUCGCACUUCUUCUCCUUAUGACGCCACUUGGGGCAGUAUGGAUGACAGAUCUAGCCAUCAGACUCUAUCUGAAGAUUUGAAGGAAGAAAUCCGAACAAGCUGGAAACAUUAUAGGCCAAGUUCGCCCGUCGAACAACUGAUAGAAUCGAAUUGCAACGACCCCAGUACCAAUACUGUCGGUUCAGAUGAUAUCCAUACGGAUGAAAAAGAAGAUCAUUAUCAGAAUUUCGAUUCUCCGACUGUUGACAGUUUGUUUUUCGAUGCCGGUCUAGACGGCUUUAGAGUGCCACCUUCUGAGUUUAGCCCACCUUGCGUCACCAAUUCGAAUUUCAACGUUAUUGGUGACACUGCGUCCUCUAUGGGGAAAAUGGAUCUAGACUGGUGGAAUUAUUUUGACUCAGUCCAACCCGAAGAUGUUACGGGAGAGGCUAACCCGCAGGAAUUGAACGGCAAAAAACCACUUCCCUCUGUUCAUAUGAAUGGAGUAGGAUCACCUUCAACUGCGACAGAUUCCCCAUUCUGGAAAAUUCCUAAGAGUGCCUCUUUGCCGAAUAACGAUUGUUCCAUGGUCAAUCCAUGCUUGGGCGAUUUACACACUGCUGAAGACAAGGACCAAAGCAAUCAAACUGUCGUCGAUUUUCUGUUGAUCGAUUCGACAUUUGCCAUGGAAGUCACGUGACUUGCGCUAAAAUCGGAUCCACGCGGAAAUCAACCUUGU